GAAGGGGGCCGUGCCUGCGUUCAGCCGAUAUGGCGCAUGCGGAACUUGAUGCCACGACAAUUAAGAGUAGCCAUUCAAGCAAUUCAUUGUCUUAUUCACUAGCGAUCCUCAAGAGUGGGCAACAGUUACAACAAGAGCCGAGCCAAAUAGCGGCCCUAUCCAUCGGCAGCGUUGCCGAUGCACCGCGCAUCAAUCAACAACAGCGAAGGAAAACCGUCUAUUUCACCGUCGGCCAGCGUAAAGAAGUGGCCAUCUUCGAAGAUUUUACGCCUUCUGAAGAGAUUAAAAGUUUGUUUAGUAGCGCGGCAGAAGCGGGUCCGCACGACAUUUUGAAGAUGUACACACCGGAGGGAUCAUUGGUUAACAUUUCCAACCGACUUGAAAGUAACCGGCCUGAUACUCCGUAUCGACUUGAACUGGUCGCUGCCCAUUUUAACAAAGGAUCGUUACCGGAACAGCUGAGAGCCGAACUUGCACUGCUGGAUGAAAGGGUCUCGGAUUUGGAGCGGCGAAUGCACGACCUGGCCUCGCUCUACCCGCAGGACGUCCAAGCGAUGCGGGACGAAUUGGAACAGCACAAACAAAUUCUCGGUUUGUGUCGGGCCGGAACGACUUUCCGACACAGUGGAAUGGGCCGUCCUUACUGGAACCGGCACAAAGCGCGUCGGAAAUCCGAAUCUGAGAAACGGCUCGUCUGCGAGAAAUAUCUGCGCAUUAGUACAAUGACGUUGACGGAAGAGAUCCGGCGAUGUCUGCGGAUGCCGACGUUCGAUAACUGGCAGUGGGAAGACGAGGAGAUCCUGUUGCUCUUGCAGCAAAUGUACGUCGACCUGGAUCUGGCCCGCAAGUUCGACAUCGACCUGGACGUUUUACGAAAGUUCCUCUGUCAGGUUUACAUGAACUACAACGAGGUUCCCUUCCACAAUUUCCAGCACUGUUUCACCGUCAGCCAAAUGAUGUACGGGAUCAUAUGGUGUUUGGAUCUACCGGACAAGAUUGGCGACCUGGAAACGCUGAUCCUUCUCACUUCCUGCAUUUGUCACGAUCUCGAUCAUCCCGGAUUCAACAACAUCUACCAGAUUAACGCGAGGACAGAGUUGGCCCUGCGCUACAAUGACAUUUCGCCGCUGGAGAAUCAUCACUGUUCGGUCGCGUUCAACAUCUUGGAAGAUCCAACGGCAAAUCUCUUCCGAUCCUUCCCUCCCGAUGUCUACAAGAGCGUCCGCGAAGGCAUUAUACGAUGCAUCCUGGCCACGGACAUGGCCCGUCACAACGAGAUCCUCAACCAGUUCAAUCAAAUAGCCCCCGAAUUCGACUACAACAACCGUGCCCACAUCAAUCUGCUUUGUAUGGUUCUGAUCAAAGUUUCGGACAUAUCGAACGAAGCCAGACCGAUGGAUGUUGCAGAACCCUGGCUGGACUGUCUUCUUCAAGAAUUCUUCGAACAAAGCGAUCGUGAAAAGAUGGAAGGAUUGCCGGUGACGCCGUUCAUGGACCGCGACAAGAUCACCAAACCAUCGUCGCAGUGUUCCUUCAUUGGAUUCGUUUUAUUGCCAUUAUUCGAGGCUAUUGGCCGUCUUUAUCCCGAGCUGGACACCUUAAUAGUCAAUCCAGUUCGAGAGGCCCUGGAUUAUUACCGCAAACUGAACGAGGCUUCUCGUCGCAAUCUGGAACAGCCGGCCAGUCCAACGCCGGCAGUCAACGAACAAAAGGAAACCACCGCAUCGAUUGCGGAUUCGAGUAGCAUCAAAUCGUCGGAACAACAAGCUGGCCAGCACCUGUUGGAUAAUGAAGGCAAAACUAUGGAUCAUCCAACUAUAGUUGGAGCUACUCCAACCACCCCCAUCAGCCGAGAAAGGUCGCUGUCGCAGGAAGAGGAAAUCCGGCGUUUCUCCUUCGGUCUCGAUCCCGACACGUUUACUGAAGUGGAAGUGUGCGAGAAGACUUUCUCUUUCAAGAUCAGCACGGACAUUAGGCCGUUGCCCGGCUGGAGCAAUAACAGCGCAGGCAAUGCUACUUACAACGGAAGACAGCCGCCAUCCACCUUCCGGCGAGCUUCGCUUGCUGUCAUGUCAGCCUCUCUUGCGGAAUCGGCUCGCAUUCUCGCCGGAGGGACGGUUCGCAGCGCCACCACCAGCCCGACGCAAUCAGCUCCGGGUACGCAUCGUGGCGCCGUCAUCCAGGAAGAGGAGGAUGAAAUCACGUUGGACAUGCCAACGGUGGCGACAGCAUCGACUCGCAACGGCGUCGUCCUCGACAUGCACAAGGAGACGUCGGAAUCACUCGAUUUGCAACACAAUGGCCAGCAAAAAGGACGGACUGAAAUCACGGCGCCAUUGGCAUCGGUUGAAGACGUGACCGAUUCGGUGGCGGCUGUGGCUGGCGUUGCGACCGCACGCCAGCCGAGUCGUGACAAUCCGCUGCUGAUUCGAUUGCGUCAAUGGACCGACCGAUUCGGUUUGAAUCCCGUGCGAUCAGCGUCGGCCGAGCCGCCGGAGAACGGAGUGGCUGACGUGCCCAAAUCGCCGAAACUGCUCGGCUCGCGCAAAAUUGUAUCCAGCAGUUUGUCGCGUCUCUUUAGCCGUUCGUCGUCCAAUAAAUCAGGCCAGCAACAGCAAUCAACGGCUAAUUCGGUUGCUAGUCCAGAGUCGAAUCAUCUACCGAUGCCGGCCACGUCCGCCAGUAGCCGCCGACGUUCGAAAACAAUCAUCAGCGCCACGGAAAUGUCCCGCAGUUUAGACGACGUUCCUGCCGCCCACAUGAUUACCGAUUCGACCAAUCAUCCAUCCCCAAAACGCUUAGAUUAAAUGUCAGACAUGUUUACACGCGUCUGUGUAUACGUAUUUCAAUCAUAUUUAUAAUUACCUUCUUUUUUGUUUUCUUUACCUCCUCCCACUGUCAGCUUCUUCAUUGUUCGCAAAACACGUUUCGUCUCGUCUUUCAGUUUGAUUGUUGCUGUCGAAUUUAGUUUUCCAUCACACCAACUGUUUCAUUCAAAUUAUUACGUUAAAAAAGGAAUCCACAUUUCAUCGAUUUGCUAAAAAAAAAAAAAAAAAAAAUGUCAAUGUCGAAAAUCAACCCCCCCCCCCCGAUGUAUUCUUGGCCAACAUACAACCAUAUCCUCCUCUCCGCUGUUGACCCCGUUGGAAAAAAAAAAAAUCAAGA